AUGACGCGGAGGUUUUCUACACAGUUCGGCGAACCACUGAGCGAAGAGUCACAACGAUACGUGAAUGAAGUGCGCUCGAAGAUAACACAGCCAAUAAGUCCUACGUUCAACACGGAUUUCAACAUCUAUCGAUUUGUAUUGUCAGCUGAACGACUGCAUAAGAAAGAAAAGGAUAUAGUUGAAUCAGCUGCAAAAGCUGUCAAUAAUCAUUUACGCCUUCGCAAAGCACUUGACCUGGAUAAUCAACCCGUGAGAGGUUUUGACGAGAAUCCGCUCUUCGUGAAGAAAUUGAUGCCAAGAGGAGACAUUCUGAACUUGCACGAUAGUCACAAUCGUCUACUCUGGUAUAUUGAAUAUUCGACAAUCACUGUAGAGAGCAUAGCACAUGUACUACAAAGCUCACAGGCAUGCAAAUAUCAAUUUUGGCAAUUCGAAAAUAUGCUACGCAAAGUCAUGGCACAGGAGGAGAAAACUGGACGACUCAGUGGAAUACGACAUAUUAUUGAUAUGACCGGAUAUGAAAUUAACCCCUUUACGAUGGUAUUUGUUAGCAGCGGAACUCUGGCAUAUUACUCACAGCUGUUUCAUUAUGAAAAUUAUCCUGAACUCGUGAAUCCAGUCGAUAUUGUCAAUAUUGCAAGAUGGAUUCAUGUACCGUACAAAAUUGCCAAAACAAUGAUGCCAGCAGGAUUUUCCGACAAAUUCCGUCUUCAUGAUAGCAACUUUCUGAAAGCUUUAACGGAGGAAAUCGAUGUGAACCACAUACCGACCACACUGGGUGGAUGCCAUGAGGGUAUUACUUGUAUCGGUGCCGAAAAAGUGCCUCCUUCCGAAUACUGGUCACCCAAGAAUCCCGAUCUCUUACAUGAUCUAGAACAUCUCCAUAUCCCUGCAAAGAAGACUCGUCACAUAACAGUGGAGAUUUGUGAACCGAAAACAUUGCGAUGGUACUAUCGAACAGAUGGUGACGUCUACUUCGGAGUGUUUUUUGAGGUAAGCCUUUGA